AUGUUCAAACUUGUGUUGAUCUGCGCUGUUAUCGCCAUGGCUGUCGCCUUGCCAGUCAGCGAUGAGUCGAAAGCUGAAACCGUGAACCGCAAGGACGAUGUGCGCGCAGAUGGAUUUGACGCUUUAUUGGAGACCAGCAACGGCAUCAAGCGCGAAGACAGCGGCGAUGAGCACGGCAACAUCCAUGGCAGCUACACCUACACUUCGCCUGACGGUGAGGUGAUCGAAGUCAAGUAUGUGGCUAAUGAGAACGGAUAUCAGCCCAGCAGCGCCAGUCUGCCCGUUGCACCCCCAAUCCCAGAAGCCAUCCAGCGUUCUCUGGAAUAUAUUGCUGCCCACCCACCCGUACCUGACCACAAGAAAUAA